AUCGCCUGGAGGUAUAUAAAAUGUCCUUCGCAAGAUAUUUAUACUAAGGUCGGUUCCGGUAGAUUUAGGUGGAAAUUCUUCCCCGUUCCGGUAAUUUAGAGUCCCGUUCUGGUAAUUAACAGAACCCAAUUUCGCAUAUUGCUGUUUUGGCAAAUUAGUGAGAUAUUUUAUAGCGAGUACCGGUACCGGUACUGUAAUAAACCAAACUCAAAGUCUUAGCUCUGUAGCUAGAAUCGACAAGGUCAAUUCGAGAUAUCACUGAUCAAAAUCCUAGGAUGGCGGUAGUACGGUAAUCAGGUUCAUUGAAAUUAAAGUCUAUGUUAAAAGUCAUCUAACUGAAUAAAGAGGGACAUGGGUUUAACCGUUUAAUGGGAAAUAGGGUUUUUAAGGAAUUCAUUUUUUUCUGCAUAUAUGUCAGCAUGUAGCCUAAGCUUAAAGGAUGUUGUCAGAGUAGUGUGCACAGGUCAUGCCAAACUGCUCUAGUAAAUUAUAAAUGUUUUGAUUAUUUCAGAUAUCUAAUAUAUAAUGGAUGUACUAUUUAUGUUAUUUGUUUUGCAACUUGUAGUUGCUUCACAUUAUAUAUUUAAUUGUCCUUAUACAAAAGUGGAAGAAAGUUUCAAUCUCCAGGCAAUUCAUGAUAUUCUCAUCUACAAAUCUAACAUAUCGAGAUAUGACCACAAUGACUUUCCUGGUGUGGUACCACGGACGUUUAUCGGCCCUUUAGUUGUUUCAAUAUUAAGUUCUCCAUUUGCGAUCAUCGUUCAAUCAUUUGGUCUCGACAAAAUAGUUCUUCAAUAUGUUGUACGACAUGUUUUGGCUUUCUUGGUUCUCUAUGGAUUGAAAAGACUUCAAAGUGCUGUUAAAACUCUGUAUGGAUUACAAACUGCAAUAUAUUUAGCAAUUCUUAAUUUGUCACAAUUUCAUGUUUUAUUUUAUGCAUCACGACCACUGCCAAAUACUUUUGCGCUAGCUCUCGUUUUACAUGCCUUUGCUACCUGGAUGAAUCAGAAAUUAAAGAUGUUUAUAUGGAUUUCUGCAUUUGUUAUAUUAGUGUUCCGAGCAGAGCUGGCAAUAUUAUUAGGACUUUUUCUUUUUGUAUCUUUUUCCAUGAGGCAUAUUUCAAUUUUCACUAUAUUGAAAACAGCUAUGCCAGCAGGCAUCUGUGCAUUAAUGACUACAUUACUUAUUGACUCAUUGUUUUGGAACAGAAGGCUGUGGCCCGAAGGCGAAGUUUUAUAUUUCAAUGCUAUAUUAAAUAAGAGUUCACAAUGGGGAACAUUGCCUUUUUUCUGGUAUUUUUAUUCUGCACUGCCGAGAUUGCUUUUGGGAUCGCUAAUUCUUGUGCCAUGGGGUAUUCGUUGCUCACCACAGAGAUCUUUAAUGCUUUUAUUUCCCGCUAUAGGUUUUGUGUUUUUGUAUUCUUUUUUACCCCACAAGGAGUUGAGAUUUAUCAUAUAUACUGUUCCUAUAUUUAAUGUUAUAGCCGCAAAUGCAAUGUGCCAAUUGCAGUACCAAUAUGCGAAAAACAUUCGAGGGAAAUUAGGAUUUUUAUUUGCUUUGGGUUUGGUUGUAUUAAGUUUAUUUAGCAGAUUACUGUUUUCCAAUGCAGCGUUUUGGAAUUAUCCCGGUGGUUUUGCUUUGAAUAAAAUACAUGAUCUAGUUCCAUGUAACACUGCUAAUAUAAACAUACAUUUAGACAACUUUGUUGCACAAACCGGCGCAUCUCGAUUUGGUGAACUUUGUGAUAACUGGGUUUACAAUAAAACAGAAUAUCUCAAAAUUGGCGGUAUUGAAAUGAUGCAAUUUUCACAUAUUUUAACAGAAGUGAAUGAUAAAAAUAAUGAAGUAUAUAUUAAGAGUGGUUCACAUAGUUUAUUGGGUGAAGUGCAUGGUUAUGAUGGUUUGGAUAUAAAAUGGUUAAAGUUUCAUAUACUAAUUCCUCUGAAAAUUCCAUACAGUUAUUCAAUCCGCAGAAGUGCAAAAGUGUAUUUGUUACAGCGUACUUUGUAACAAUUAUCAAUGUUAUUAUGCAGUUUUGUUAUCAUGCUAAUGAAAUAUCAUGAUGAGGAAUAUUAAUAGAUCUUUUAUAAUUCAUAGAUGUGGACCCUUAUUAUGUACUUUUCAAAUUGCUUACCUUUGUGAAACUACCAUACCAUUUACAACUGAUAUUGUGUAACGUGCAGCAACUGUAAUUUAGUUUUGUGUAGUUGUUUUGGGUUCAAACAAUAUUCCAAUGAUAUGGUUUAUUCGUUUGCAUAACACAGCUUUGAAUUUUGGGCUUACAGCUUACAUGGGCUGACUUUUAACAAAAUGCCUUCAAAGCUCUUCUUUUUUAUAUACA